CCGGAGAAGAGCCGUGGGCCGCUGGCACUGCUGUCCCCGACGUCCACUGCAUCGGGCGGCUCACAGGUGCCCACCGGGACCCCUCUGGGAGUGGUGGGCUCCGCAUUCCCCCGCUGCUCGGUGCCUGGCACCGCUUAACAGGAGCUCAGCCAUGGUGAACGAACCCAGAGGGCAUGGCGGCCCCAGCCCCCGCUGGGAGUGCAGCAGCAGUGGCAGCGAGAGCUCCAAGGAUAGUUCAAGGUGUUCCACACCGGUGCUGGACCCUGAACGACACGAGAGGCUCAGGGAGAAGAUGAAGCGGAGGAUGGAAUCUGGUGACAAGUGGUUCUCCCUAGAAUUCUUCCCUCCUCGAACUGCUGAGGGAGCUGUCAAUCUCAUCUCAAGAUUUGACCGGAUGGGGGCAGGUGGUCCCCUCUUCAUAGAUGUGACCUGGCAUCCAGCAGGGGACCCUGGCUCAGACAAGGAAACUUCGUCCAUGGUGAUCGCCAGCACCGCCGUGAACUACUGUGGCCUGGAGACCAUCCUGCACAUGACCUGCUGCCAUCAGAGCCGGGAAGAGAUCACGGGCCACCUGCACAAGGCCAAGCGUCUGGGCCUGAAGAACAUCCUGGCGCUGAGGGGAGACCCCAUAGGUGACCAGUGGGAAGAGGAGGACGGAGGCUUCAGCUACGCCGUAGACUUGGUGAAGCAUAUCCGAAGCGAGUUCGGUGACUACUUUGAUGUCUGUGUGGCAGGUUACCCCAAAGGCCACCCCGACGCAGAGAGCUUUGAGGCUGGCCUGAAGCACCUGAAGGAGAAGGUGGCCGCGGGAGCCGACUUCAUCAUCACCCAGCUCUUCUUUGAGGCCGACACUUUCUUCCGUUUUGUUAAGGCUUGCUCCGAGAUAGGCAUUACUUGCCCCAUCCUCCCCGGCAUCUUCCCUAUUCAGGGCUACCACUCCCUCCGGCAGCUUGUAAAGCUGUCCAAGCUGGAGGUGCCGCAGCAGAUCAAGGACGUGAUCGAGCCAAUCAAAGACAACGACGCUGCCAUCCGCAACUAUGGCAUCGAGCAGGCGCUGAGCCUGUGCCAGGAGCUUCUGGCAAGCGGCUCGGUGCCCGGCCUGCACUUUUACACCCUCAACCGCGAGAUGGCCACCACAGAGGUGCUGAAGCGCUUGGGCAUGUGGAUCGAGGACCCCAGACGUCCCCUGCCCUGGGCCAUCAGUGCCCACCCCAAGCGCCGGGAGGAAGAUGUCCGUCCCAUCUUCUGGGCCUCCAGACCAAAGAGUUACAUUUAUCGCACCCAGGAGUGGGAUGAGUUCCCCAACGGCCGCUGGGGCAACUCCUCAUCUCCGGCCUUCGGGGAGCUGAAGGAUUACUAUCUCUUCUACCUGAAGAGCAAGUCCCCAAAGGAAGAGCUGCUGAAGAUGUGGGGGGAGGAGCUGACCGGCGAAGAAAGCGUCUUUGAAGUGUUUGCCCACUACCUCUCGGGAGAGCCGAACCAGAACGGCUAUAAAGUGACUUGCCUGCCCUGGAAUGAUGAGCCCCUGGCGGCCGAGACCAGCCUGAUGAAGGAGGAGCUGCUGCAAGUGAACCGGCGGGGCAUCCUCACCAUCAACUCCCAGCCCAACAUCAACGGGAAGCCGUCCUCUGACCCCGUCGUGGGCUGGGGCCCCGGCGGGGGCUAUGUCUUCCAGAAGGCCUACUUAGAGUUCUUCACCUCCCGAGAGACAGUGGAGGCGCUUCUGCAGGUGCUAAAGAAGUACGAGCUCCGGGUGAAUUAUCACAUCGUGGACGUGAAGGGUGACAACAUCACCAACGCCCCCGAGCUGCAGCCCAACGCCGUCACUUGGGGCAUCUUCCCUGGGCGAGAGAUCAUCCAGCCCACAGUGGUGGACCCAGUCAGCUUCAUGUUCUGGAAGGACGAGGCCUUCGCCCUGUGGAUCGAGCAGUGGGGCAAGCUGUACGAGGCGGAGUCCCCGUCCCGCGCGAUCAUCCAGCACAUCCACGACAGCUACUUUCUGGUCAACCUGGUGGACAACGAGUUCCCGCUGGACAGCUGUCUGUGGCAGGUGGUGGAAGACACGUUUGAGCUUCUCAACAGGCCCCCCCAGAGCAAGAGGGAGACGGAGGCGCUGUGACCCUGAGCCCUGACACCCUUAGCUUGAUUGAGGCCACUGUGUCCCGCCUUCCUCCUCUCCGUCCUGGUUCUCUGGGAGACCCUCGUUCUCCUUCGCUUCCCCCCACCCCCUGACACGAUGAUGGCAGCUAGACUGGUGUGAGGGUUCCAGGCUCCGGCUGGACCGGAGUCCACCCCACACGGGAGCCAGGUGUUCCCUGCUUAGCUGAGAGUCUGUGCUCCGGUGGGAAGCACCGCAUCCCCCAGAGGAGCACGUGGGCAGAGCGCAUCCUCCCCGAGAAGGGUUGUUGCUGACGGAGCCCCUAGGAGCCAGCCUGGGACUGCCAGUGACCUUGCUCUUGGGGCCUGUGCAGGACAAGCAAAGCGAACAUGGCAGUGGGCUCUGUGGGACUGCAGAGGAGACGUGGUAAGGUCAAGGCGCUGCAGCCUUCCACCU